AUGAACAAUAUGAAGCAAUUACACAAACAUCCAAGCGCAAACCAUAGAAGAGAUGAAGAGAUGAUGUCUACCCAUGAAAUCCCACCUUACUCCCCCAAAUCCCUCAAACACACAUCAGCAGUUAGAUCUAUUUCACGAUCCGUUAAUUACAUCCUCAAAGAACAACGCCUUCUCUUCACCCUAGUCGGAAUCCUCAUCGGCUCCGUCUUCUUCAUCUAUCAACCAUCAUUAUCUACCGUUUCCUCAAUCGACACUGUUACUAGCAAGGAAUUACCCUCAAUGCGAGCAGUUUCAUUCUCCCAACGCGACACCAACACCCACUACAGCCGGCCAGCUACCCACGGUGCAACAGGCCGGAUUCCGGUUGGGAUUGGGCGGAAGAGGAUGCGGGUGGUGGUGACUGGUGGAUCAGGGUAG